CGAUGCGGCCACCGCCCGGCCGAGCGCGGCUCCCGCGAGCCUUGAUGCUGCUGGCCGCGCUGCUGGCCGCCGGCCGAGGGCUUCCACUGAGGAAGCGAGGUCCCGGGCCCCACGGCCACUCGAGGAUGGUGGAGGCCUCACCCGCUCCGGAUCUCAGCUCCCCCAAGGAUAAGGAGACAACAUCAGGAUUCCCUGGAGACGAUCUGCAGGAACCAUGUCAACCCAAGUGCCAGACUGUUCCUGAGCCGACAGCUCUGACUCUGGGCACGGCCACUCCUCCCGGGAACCUGGAACACACACCUUUGCUGCUGGAGCUGCAGAAGCUGCCAGGGUUGGCUAACACAGACUUGAGCGCACCAAACCCCAAUAUCCAGGUGACCAUCGAGGUGGUGCAGGACCCUCAGACUGAGGUAGACGUGGACCUGCCUUCUGAGCCCAGCAAUCUCUGGCCCCUGCGUGCCUCUAGCUGGUUGCCCACCAGGGAACUCUUUUGGCCCCUCUUCUGGGGCUACCAAGAAGGUGAAGAAGGAGCCACCAGCCUCAAAGACAGGGCUCCAGGGGAAGCGGAGGAGGAAGAAGGAAAGGACUAUGCUUUGGAGUAUGACGAGGGUGAGGACCAAGGGGGCACUGAAGAAGAUGAGGAUGAGGAGCCUUGGUCCAGUGGGGCCAUAGACAACUGGGACUAUGGCUGGUUGGGUCCUCAGGACCGGGACUUCCAGGAACCAGACAGCUAUGACUAUGAACCCCAGGAGGAGUGGGGCACCUGGUCUCCCUGCAGUGGGAGCUGCAGCAGCGGCCACCAGCAGAGGACGCGGCCCUGCGGCUAUGCCUGUACUGCCACAGAGUCCCGAGUCUGCGACCUUCCCCCCUGUCCUGGCACCGCAGAGGAGAACACGUUGGGCUUUGCCCGUGAGGGCUGGCAGCCCCUUGCCCACAAUGCUACGGAUAUGCUUGAUUCAGAUGUGGACAGCUGUGAGAAGUGGUUGAACUGCAAGAGUGACUUCCUAACUAAGUAUCUGAGCCAAGUGUUCAAGGACCUGCCCAGCUGCCCUUGCGCAUACCCUCUGGAGGCGGUGUACAGUGCUGUGAGCCUGCGGGACGAACAUCAGGGCCGCACCUUCCAAUGGCGAGAUGCGAGUGGCCCACGGGAACGCCUGGACAUCUACCAGCCUACCGCGCGCUUCUGCCUGCGCUCCAUGCUGUCUGGCGAAAGCAGCACAUUGGCCGCCCAGCACUGCUGCUAUGAUGAAGGCAGCCGGUUGCUGACCCGUGGCAAAGGGGCAGGAGCUCCGGACCUAGUCAGCACCGACUUUUCACCCGAGCUACACUUCAAGGUAGAUACGCUGCCCUGGAUCCUGUGUAAGGGGGACUGGAGCCGCUACCACACUGUGCGCCCCCCCAAUAAUGGCCGGGCCUGCGCAGACAAUCCGCCUGAGGCAGAGUACCUGGCUCAACUGCAAGAGGCCAAAGAGUACUGAAGAGGGAUUGGAGACUGGUCCUUCUGCCCUCUGCCCCGCCCCUCCCAUACUGGGCAAGUGUAAGGGCUUAUUUGAGAGGCCAAUCAGGCUUGCAUACUCCCUGCUCCCAUAGACCCCAGGCAUCUCAAGGACUGGUGAGAAGGCUGGAGGGUGUGUUGGGAAUAAGGCCCUUGUGAUGUGUUGGGAAAGUGUCUGAAGGGGAGGAGCUAUGCCAGUCUGACAAGAUCCCUUUCCCCCUUUCUCUCAGAACCGGGCCCUUCUGCCUUUCUCUGUUCAGGAUUGAGACAGGGUGGCCCACAGACAUGCCAGUUCCCAGGAUCUGAUGUGAAUCCCUUUGACCCCCUACCCUAAGGCCACUUGUGGAAGAACACAGGAAGGACAAGAAAGGACAGUCCUUUCAUCUGACCCUAUAGCUGCUUUUUGCUGGGCUAGCAGAGUACGGGUGACCACCCCUCCUUGUGGCACACAGCUUCUCCUACCCUAUCCCAUGCUGUGAAGCCAUCAGUGGGCUGAAGAAGUCAGCGGGGCUCAGGGGAGAUUGGUUCCUGUCAGGGAACCAUCAGCUGUUUCUGGUCCUUUGUUCCGUCCCCAGAUGAUAGACAUGCGCUGUCUACCACAGCCGUGGCAGCCUGGUUUGGGGUGGGCUCAGGAGGGUAUCAUGUGCCUGUAUGGAGUGUUCCGAUGUCCGAUGCGGGCCAUUUUGUGGUGUUGGUACCCACACCAAUGGCCCAUUUAAUGCCCCCAUGUGGCGCCACUGAAAGCACUGGACUUGGAGUUGGGAGAUGGAUGCCGUGGCUCCCAGCACAGCUGUGCCUUUUCCCGGACACCUCUCAACCCUCCAAACCACACUUCCUUGGCUUCUCCAGAGCUGAAAUAUUGUAGACUUUCUGUCUCCAUUCACAAACCCUCCAGAGGGGCUUGGUAGGGAACUUGAGUUCCAGCCCCAUCCACAGCUGUCCAGAAGCUGCCCUGGGAUCCUCGGCAAUAAAGCACUUUAUUUUCA